AGAAGUCGCUCAAAGCAAAAAAUACUUUCGCUUUGCCAACCAGUCGUCAUAAAACACGCACCGAAUUGAAAUAACAAAUCAGUGAUAUUAAAAAAUAUUUGGUACAAUGUCACAGCGGCUUGACAGCAUGAGAGUCACUGAUGAAAAUAACUUUCAUUUAGCAUUGCUAUAAUUACGAAAUAAUAUACGAAGGAAAAUGACGUCAGAAACAUAUUUGGAUUUGACCUUUGACCGCAGCGGAAAGAGUGGUAAACGCCCGAUCAGACCAAAAUUGCUGAAACUAACGGAUGUCACGAUGCCACAUCGCAGUCGGAAGAAGACCAAAGUUAAGAGCAAAGACCGGUCGGUGUCCUCAGUACGUGACCGCAUUUACGACGAUCCAGCAUACACAGACGAUAUCAGCCACCUGGCGAACCCACUACGCCGCAACAGCUGUUCGGGUAAAGCGGACGGCAAAACGAAAUCCUUUGCCAGCGGCAAUACGGCGAGCAACUUGACGGCCAGUGGCAGCAGUUCCCUGGGAAAGCGCAGUAAAUUAUCCAAAGAAUUUUUGCAGCAAAAUAAAUUGCGCGAUGGUGGCGCCACAUAUGAGCGCGACGCAUCGAGCAGUUCAGACGAGCCGCUACGUUCGGAGAGUCAAUCCAAAAGCGGCGCAACGGCAAGUGUCGGACGACGUGGACGCAGUCUAGAACGUAGCGCAGCUGCUGCGGCGACCGAGGGCAAGAGUGGCGAGCGAAAACGUGAGAAGCGCGAACGCAGCAAUAAACAGAAAAGCAAUACGACGAGUGUGGAAAACAAUGCACUUCUCACACAACACGCCGAAAUGCAACAAAAACAAGAAAGUUAUAUUGAAACAACAAACAACACGCGCGCGUCAAGCAAUCGGCGGUCGAAAACGCAGUCAGCCGUGAUGACCAAACAGUAUAGCGAUGGCGCUGCAGCCGAUUUACAAUGGGCGGUCGAACAGCAGCAAGCGCGCGAUGAGAUUUCAUCCAUGCACAGCAGUGCGUCUGCGGUGAAGGCUGUUGCAGCAACAAGCGCCGCAGGCGGUGCCAGCUCGAAAAUGCAAAUUGGCAGGCGCUUCUUGCGCGGUGAAAUUGGCAUUAAGAGUUUCAAUUACUACUUGCUCAAGGAGGGUAUUAAGAGCUCGAAGCGCUUUGUGGAGAAGCAGCGCAACUCAUUCACAAGCGGCUUAGCGAGCGCGGCUAGUGGCGGCAAGAAGACGCACUCACGCAGCGAGGAGAAUAUCUAUGAGGAGAUUUUCUUCAAGGACGCGCCACCAUCCGAUGAUGAACAACAGCAGCAACUACAACAAGAACAACAGCAGCCGCCACCGUUACCGCUGCAGCAAAGCAAUAGCGCACAGGCGCAUGCACAUACACAGCUGCAGCAACAACAAACUCCACAAGCGCCACACACACAACACGCACAUCAAGCUAGAGGCGCCGAAACGCCCAUAUCACAGUGCAGCGGCAGCGAGGAGGGUGUCUACGCCGACUGUGAACUCUGCCUGCAGCAAUGCACCAAAGAGAAUUGCGAAUAUUGCUACGCGCAGCAGGCAACGGCUGGCGCGGAUGAGCACGCGCAAAGCGCCAGUAAAAUACAGCGCGAUAUGGCCAAACCGUAUGCGGUCGUGCCAUUACAACAACAACAACAACACACACUCAACAAGCUACCACAACAAUUCGAUGUGCCGGCGCGGCCAUUAAUCACGCAAGCGCCAAGCGCCGCGCCCGCCGACUACAACAGCUCGAGCAGCAACGGCGGCAUGGCGGGCGCGCAACUACCCGCCGCGCACAUACUUGAGUUCCAAUCGUACAAUCCGAAUAAUCCGGGCGUUUACAAAAUAGAGACAACACCGGUGGCCAUUACGGGUGAAUACAAUCCGAUAUUGCAAUUUCAACAGUCCUCACCGUCGACAGGCACCGCAACAACAACAACGCCCAGCAUAGAGCUACAGCCGCUGGGUUUAGCGCAACAUGCGCCGAAUAUGGCGCAUCAACAACAACAGCAACCACAAUUGUUACAACAAGUAAGCUAUCAGCCUGCAGUACAACACCAACAACCACAACAGCAGCAACACUUGAAACAUUCAACCAACAAUUACAUAUUGCAAACGGGCGGCGUUGGUGGCGGCAGCGCGCCAACACAUCACCACUACCAUCAGUCACCGACAGUGGUCCCCAGCAGCGCCGGCAUACUCAUAACACAGCAGCGCGCACGCGGCCAUCGUAUGGGCAGUCACCAACACCAACAGCAACACUCACAUUAUAUGCUCACUUAUCAACCGCCCGCAAUGGCCGCAGGACCGCCCAUCUCCGGUGGCGGUGGCAUGCAACGCAUGAACACCAAAUCAUCGUCGUCCAGCGAUUCGUUACAACAGCAUCAACACUUGCAUAAAUACAACACCAUGUCACGCCUCGAGGCGCAACAAGUGCUGUUGGGCGAUCCUUUCUAUGGCGGCGCCACUGUUGGACCGACGCAUUCGCUCAUGUUUGCCGCCAGCCGCCCCAUAGGCGGCUCACAAAUACUCGUCGAUUCGUAUGAAUUGCCGCAAAUGUACAAAAGCGAUUCGCGCGCUUCCAUACUGAGCGAGUACUCGUUGCGCAGCAGCGACAAUUCGCAUCGCUAUAAUCGCUUUCGUUACGCAGGCGGCGGCGGUGGCAGUUUUAGCGGCGUCGCUGGCGGUGGCGGGCAGGUGAGCGACUCCAGUCUGGGUGACUCGCUGUUUUCCUGCACCUCCGCGCAGCGUCGCUACUUUGGCAGUUCGGAGAGUUGCCGCUUUGGUUUCGAGUGUCGGCGCUGCAGCUUGGAUGGCGGCGAGAAGUGUAGCUUCUCCGACACGUGUCGCUAUGAGUGCCGCAACUGUGAUUGCUCCUCCAGCUACUUCUCCUCGGACUUCGAUGAUAUGUAUGGCAGUGUAGCGGGCGCUGGUGGUUCGGCAGCCGCUUUAGCCGCACAACGCAGCAGCGGCAUACCGCGCAAGACGGCGGCGGGCACACUUCCGCCAAGCGCUGGCAACGCGGAGUACGAGCGCAAGCAGGAACAACUCGACUUGAAGCAGAACAAGUAUGCGCAGGAUUUCUUUAAGCAUGUGAAUGAUGUGAAGCGCAGCAUCUAUCAAUCGGAAAUGCAGCGCAAUGCAAGCGGCGCCGCCGAGUACGCAGUCAGCAGCAAAUUUGAAAGCAAUCGCGCUAAAGCUGCUGAGCGCGGCGCUAACGUGCAAGCGCCAGAAAGCAGUCCACGUCGCUACGUCGCCAAAGAUGCGCCGCAAAUAACUACACUACCGUUGACCAAAGAGCGUUUGCGCACAGCGCGCGUCACAGCUGGCACGCACACCGACAGCUCGACUACGCCCACACCAGCGCCUCGCACAAGUCUACAGCAGACGCUACCACAGCCAACACAACGCGCGUCGCGCCACACAGCGGCCGCAACUGCUUACGAGCGCCACAGCGAAUAUCCUUCAUUGGAUCGGCUGGUGGCAAGCGCGACGGGCGCCAUACCAAAAGCAACAACUGUGUGCUUGCAAAGCGCUGGCGGCGCUAAGCACAAAAGUAAUGCAACCAACACAUUGCCAACAGCAAACAGUGAUAUUAAUAGCAAUAGUGAUCAACCGCCGCGCCAUAGUCCACGUCACAGUCCAAAGCAUUUGAAAAUUACCGAUCGCCCACUCGGUUUGUCUGCCGCCUACGUACAAACCGCCGAUGGUGACACGGUCAAGGCCAGCGCGCGCAACACACGUGUCGCCGCUGAGGCGCUUACUAAUAACAACAAUAAUAACAACAUAACUGUAGCAUUAGCCGAUGCCAAUCACAAUGAAGCGCCCGCAGCCGCUUUAUUAGGCGCCAGCACAGCGGGUAGUGCAGUUAGUGCCGGCGGCGGCGGCUCAAUGAAGCGUGAACCACGUUAUCUAAGCGUCGAGCACAAUACCGGAAGCGCACCUGCCGUGCAUACCAGCAAGCGCCACCACCGCAGCUCAUCCGCCUCCAAGCAGUCAUCAUUGUCCGUGACGCGCCGUAGCAAGGACAUACCGGCGCCACCGCCGCCAUCGCCGGCCACCUACUCAGACCUGCAGGAGCUGAAGGUGAACAUUGAGAACGCGCAGCAGCCAAAGCAACUGGAUGAGGUUGAGUUGAAAAAGUGCUCUGCCGAAAGACGCAAGAAGAAGCAUGCCAAAGCAGAUGGCGAAGCAGCCGAAAGUCAGUCGAAAAGGGAAAAAGAAAAAGAUACACAGCGCCAGCUGUCACUGCAAAUAACUAAGGACGCGCAGUUAAGUCCAACCAAAAGUGGCAAACACGACACAGAUAAGGCGGCAAAGUUAAGACUUCCAGCAACAACACCAAUAAAAAAUGCUGACAGCUCUUUGCGUCAGGAUUUAUGUGAGCGCCCAGCUGCUGCAUUGCUGGCGGCCGCAAAAUCAUCUGUGGCUACUGCGGUGGCUGUGGCAGGUGCUAAUUGCAUGCCAGAUGCCGCAACGAAACUGCAACAGCAACAGCAACAACAACAGCAACAGCAACAUCUUCAAGAGCGCACACAUGACAAGCUGAACAAUGCAAAUUACAAUAGCAAGCAUGCCUCAGAGGCAGUCAAGCAACUGGAAAUGUGCAACAACGCACAUGCCACAGAUGAUGAUGAUGUCUUUUAUGAUGCGCGCAGCGAGGAUUCCGGUGGCACGGUGUCGAGCAGCUUGCUGCGCCGCCAAAAAGCAACAGCAGCGACGUCGACGGCAGUCAGUAGCGGCAGCGAGCGACGCGGCAAGGCAACAACGAGCCCUGAAUUCAACCGGGAGCAACAGAACAAAGCAGAAGAAGAAGAAGCAGCAGCGCCAGGAGAAGAGCCAUCACAUGAACACAUAGCCAGCGGCAGCGACAUUAAAUUGGACACGGACAAUGCUGGCGCAGUGCAGUCGGUCGCUGCGAAUGACGAGGCCAACGCGACCACAGUACAAACGAAAUCCAAGGACACGCUGGCGGCUAACAGCGAGAGCAUCAAAAGUGAACGAACGAAAAGCGCAACGAGCAAAAUCAACAGCAACAACAAGACGACGACGACCAGCAGUGAAGCUGCCAAAAGUGCAGCAACACAAGCUGAAGCAACGAAUGUGACAAAUGUUGCUGCAGCCGGAGCAACAGGGUACUCGGCGAUGGCAUUGAACCUGGGCGACGAGGCAAAUGCAGAAAAUGCGGCAACCUCGGCAACUACAACACAGCCAGGCAGUAGUGAGCAACACAAAAAUGUAGGCGGCAGUGGCGCCUUGGAAGGUGGCAGCACCGGCAGCGGUCACCACAGUCGGCGAGAGAAGAAACGACGCGCCGCCACCAGCAGCAGCAGCCGAGAAUCGUCCAGCAGACAACAUAAAGCAGCAACCACCAUUCCGGCAAUGACUAUAAGUUGCGAUACAUGUUGCCAGAUGGAAUGUGAGCAAUACCAACAGCAACAACAACAACAUCAAACACUGCAGUACUCACAGCCCAGCCGCCGCCAUGAGUCGCGUGCCGAAACGAAAACCAAAACAAGCAAAGCCGAAAGAGCGAACAAAAUAAAAGACGAAAAGUGGAGAGAGCGCGCCGUGGCAACAACAAAAGCUAGCGCUAAUGAGCAAGCAACAAUUGCGCCAACAACAGCGCCAGCGUUGAGUACGGGCACAAGCGUGCCAGCUGGGAAAGAGCGGGCAGACUCGCCGCUGUCGUCGUCGUCGCCGACAUGCGCAACAGCUAUGUUGACACGCGCGAGAGUCGAAGUACAAGAUACACAGCCAACUGUAGUGGAGCCGCUGCAGUUGCCUGCCAUGGCAACAACAACAACAGUAAACACCACAAUUACAACAACUUGUACAGACAUGAUGCAGGCAAAGGCAGUACUAGUCGAGCGAAUUGGCGCGCAAAGUGACAACAGCGAACGCAACACUGAGCCACACACGCAACAUGUUGCUGAACAUGUUGCUAACAACGCUGUUACGCAGAAUGUAGCUAACAGCGCUGCUGCCAACGAACAGUCUGUUAGCAAGUGCGUAGCAGACGAGGAACUCUCGGAGGUAUCCAGCGCAACAACAACAACAGCUACAACAACAAACGCCACCAUCAUUAUAACGCCAGCUGAAGCCACAGCAGCAACAACAACAAUGGCGGAGAGCAUUGCCGCUUUAGUGGAGGCUGUAGACACGGGCGACGCCACAGUGGCCGCCAAACUGUUAACAGCUUCACCAGCAGCGCCAGCAACAUUAACGCCAACGCCAACGCUGGCAGUGACGUCAACAGCGCCAGUUGGCGAAGCCAUCACCGCAACAACUUCGCCAUGCACCAGUGCGGCCAACUCGACGGUCAGUUGUAUUUCGGAUAUCGCAGGUGUCACUACGCCUUCGUACAGCUCCGUGAAUCUGCCUACAAUAACCACAACAGCACAUUCAUCACUGGACUCGGAUCAACCAACUCCGCAACUCAAAGCGCCACGCGAUCAAGGUAAACGACCACCGCUCUACCGACAGGACUACUCCACCUGCGUGGACUCGAGCGAAGCGCAGUCGGACGAUAGUCACCUAACGCGCGACUCUGUAACACGCGAAUCACAGAACGACGAACUCUCCUCCUCGACACACGACAAACUUGACGUCAGCACACUACCGCUACCCGCGUUACCGCCCAAAAAGCGACGUACACGCUUGCGCGCCAGUCCAUCGCGCCAUCAUAGCGGCAGCAGCAGUCGUCGUGGUUACGAGCAUGACACGGCUGCUGUUGGCGGCAACGACGAACAGCGACACAGCAACAUAACAACUGGUGCGCUAAACCUGAAAGUAGCCAACAACGCGUCUGCUGGUGCUGGCAGUGGUAGUGGCGGCAGUUGUGGCGAAGCCACACCACAUCUCUCCGCCUUUCAACAGUACGUGGCGAAGCGUCGCGAAAGUCUCGAGGCAUCAACGCGCAGCUUCAACGAAAAACUGGAAGCGCGUAGAAUGCAUUACCACAUGGGUGGUGGUGGCGGUAGCGCAACGGUAGGUGGACCCGCGGCCGGCGGUGGCACUCACAUGCCCACCUAUCUGUUUGGUGAACAUUAUUAUGGUGUGCCCGCCAAAGUGACGGGCGCGCGCAAGUCGACACAUGGCAAUAAAGAGGAGAUCUUUCUCAACAAAUCCGGCUGGGUGCAGGUGAACACAAAGCGUAAUAGCGAAGAAAAUCGCGGUGGCGUUGGUGGUGGCGCUGGAUAUCGUAACGCCAGCUAUGCGCAUCAAAAUGGCGGUAGUGUUGAUGGUGAGCGUGAACGCGAGCGCGAACGUGACCUACGGCGUACAGUGCGCGUCAUACAAAUCGAUAAUACGCGACGUUCGGAUAGAGCGCGUCAAGCGCUACAGCAACAGCAACAAUAUUCGCUUGAUCCAGCCUUCAGUAUGGGUAAAUAUCCGGCCAGCAAAGUGGAGGAGCUGAUACAGCGCAAUCAAGCGCGCGCGGCCAACGCAGGCGGUCCGGUGUUUGUGACAACGCGCGACAAUGCUUUGCGUCCAGGCUAUCGAAUCGUCGAUCCGCAGCUGGCUAGCAUACUCAAUGAACGUCCCGGUUUCCUGCCAGUGCGCAAUUUACACGAUGCCGACUCCCCACCGCCCAUUACGCCCAUCCUCUCGCCACCGCCCGCUUUCCAAGAUAGCAGUAAAUCGAAAUAUGUUGACCGUCGUAAAACCAUACCGAUACGUCAACAUCAAUCAGCGUUGACCGCUAACAAUUUACUCGUCUCGAAUGUGAGUAACGGCAGCGCCGGCAAGGGUAUGGUGUUCUCACGCAGCUUUGAGUAUGAUGCGCGUCGCAAUGUGCCAGCCGACACUUAUGUGGAAACAUUUUCGCGCAGUUUCGAUGGUAAUCUGUCGGAGCGUCCACCACUGCAGCGCGAACGUUCGCCGAACUUCAGCACGCUUACCGGCAAUUCACCCAACUAUUUGACAAAGAAAGAUUCGGGCGGCGGCAGCAGCGGUAGUUUACGUAGCCGUGAUAAUUCGCCAAAAUAUCAGCAUCCACAAACCACUGCCUAUUUGAACGCGUCCAUAAAGGAGGCGCCGCCCGCCUACAGUUUGGCUAGCGCGAAUGCGAAUGCGGGCGCCAGCAGUCGUUUUUCACCGCGUUCGCGUCAUGAGCGUUCGUUCGAGCGCUCGAAGAGCCACAAUGUGUUGGUGCGCUCGCGAAAGUCACAGUUCAGUCGCGGUUCUAGCGGUGGCGCAAUUAUGGGCAGUCAGCAACAGCCAAUGGUCAGCGUGGGUAUGUCACGUUUUCGCAGUUUCGACACGACGGCGAGUCAGCGACUGAACUCAUGCGAUAGUGGCGCGAGAUCAGAUCUCUCCAACGACGAAUUGGAUUGCGAUGACGACGAAGGUUCGAAUGAAUUCCUCACCGCCAAUUAUCAUCACAGCAUAUCACCAUUGAAAACGCAACGACAACGUUCGCUAACGCCCGAACGUAACGAAUCGCAUAGCUCAUCGAGUAGCAUACGAAAGCAACGAUCGCUAACACCCGAAUCGCGGUCACUUACGCCAGAGGAUCGACGCCGCAAAGGCGGUUCACAAGCAUCGUUAAUGGGUUCACGACAGAAUUCGAGUUCACGCAGUAAUACGCUCGAACGUAAACAGCGUUUAACUGAAGGUCAACCCGCAACGAAUAUAUCACGUAGCUCGUCAAGUUCAAGUUACAGUGGCGGUGGCGGUGGUGUUGUAAGCGCUGAACAACUUGAUGGCGGAGUUAUUAAUGUCAGUGCUGCAGUUGGCAGUGUUACUGGCAUGCCGAAUACCGCUUUGGUGGGAGGUACUGUAGUCAAUACAGGUAUGGUGGCUUUGACCGGUAGUGGUGGACGUUCGCAGCAUCGACGCUCGCUGGGGCGGAAUGCCAAGCAGGUGGAUGAGCAUCGUAUACGACGUUCGAGGUCUCUACAGCUCAGCGAACGUUCACCGAACCGUUCGCACAAAGUUAUCGUGUCUAUGGGACAAUCACAAGGGCCCGCCGUUACUUAUCACACACCAAACGCGCAGCCCACCUACCAACAAGCCGGGGUACGGAUCAGCAACGGAAACGCCAUGCCCGCGCGUCCACCCAUACGCACCAGCAGCAAAUCGCAGUCGCUACUACUGACCGGCAACAAUACGAGUGCCGGACGAACACGGAAUAAUGAUAUCGAUAAAAGUCGCUCCUUCGAUUUCGACUACUGCAAUUACAGCACACAAGUGGCGCUUAAAGGACACAGUCACGCCGUGAGCGGCGGCGGCGGCAGCAACAACCCGAACGUGCCGCUCCGCUUGGACUUCGACAAGAGUCGCUCUUUCGACGAAGACUACCGUGAACCAUUGAAUGCGAUCAGCAAUAAUUUAGCCACCACCAAUGGCAGCGGCAUGCGUUAUCUGCAAGCAAUCGCCGACCCCGGCAUGGGUGGCAGCACUGGCAGCAAUAAUAAUAAUCGGAGCAGUCGCUUACGACGCUCUUCACCCGUCGGCACGGGUAGUGGUGAACGCAACUCACGUUCACCACAAUCGUCGGGUUCAUCAUGCAACAAUCUCAAUAUACCACGACAAUCGACGAGUCCGCAAAAUUACGGCACACGCCUAUGUGAUCACGAGCUCACCUACGAUAUGUUGCGUAAAUCACUCGAUCGUUCACCGAUUAUGGAUUUUCGACGCGGCGAUAGUGGUGAAUAUGAUUUGCCGCCAGCGUUGUUACGUAAUCGCGAAACGAUCAACAGCGGUGGCAAUAGCGAAUUGAAUUUCUUCAAUAACGAUCAUAUCUACGAACAGCCGACCACAAGCAAAGCUUCGGUGAGUGCAACAGGCAGCUCGUUGAAGCAGCAACGUUCACUCGGCCACACACACAGUCCCAGCGAGUCACAGUACUCGCUGGAGCGUCAACACUCCAACACACCGGGACGUGAGAGCCAGCUGACACCGGAGAGCGCAAGCGGUGCUGGCGAUUACCGUGGCGAGCAUAUCUAUCGGCAUCCGCAUACGCGCGAAUCGUCGCGAGAGAGCGCUGCACGCAGCGGUGGCAGCAGUCGCAACAGUCAAAAACUUACCAACGCGAAAACGCCCACAGCAAGUAUGUCAACAUCAAGACCAAUUACAACAACAGCUGUCAGGUGCAAUAAAAAUCCUUUAAAACGUCAAGAGGCAGUAUUAAAGUCGCAAACCACUUGCUCAUUUUGGCCACAUUGCGGCGCUUGCAAUCCGAAUGCGACGCCCCACACCCAACACGACGCUGCCGCCUACGCCAAACGUCAAAUGUCAUUGCAGGAACAAAAACAAUUGACAAUGAAUUGUCAACGCGCAGCUGAAGUGGAUGUGCCACUACGUCGCUAUCACUCCGCACACGCGUCUACCAGUACGGCCGCCGAGACAAUGUCGCAAAUGAGAAGAAGUGGGCGUGAAACGCAAAAAUCACCAUAUCCACCACACUUCAAGCGGCGCAAUUCCAACAUUUCCACUGUCAGUGUCAAUUCUAAUGUCAACGUGGCGGGAGAGGAGCACAAAAAUAACGGUACAUUGGCAGGUGUCACCCGUAGUAAAACGCAGUGGACACUUUUAUGUAGCGGCGCUACACUUAUGGAUUGUAUAGAAGAAACGCAUGCGAAGCCAACAAGACCUAUCGCAGAUAGCAACAACACCACUAAACGUCGACUAACAAUGAAGUCGGCUACCACCGACGCCGGCUCAAGUAAAAAUGACACUUUGACAAGUCGUGCUGCGGCGUCGUUUGCUGUCAAAUCAGCCAGCUUACCGUUACCUGGUACCUCGUCGAUAUUUUUAGGCGAAUGUGAGAUGCCAAUAACGCGCGAACGCGAAACAUUCAAACGAUACAAUCAAGACGGCGAAGUACGCGAACGUGUAAGGGAAGUGGUAGGCGAAUGGGUGUGGAAACGCGCGUCCGAUAAUGCUCGGCAACCCAUUCGUCGUGCCGCUGCCAGUGUCGACGACUACCGAACGAUAAGAGAUAAACGAAACAACGAAUACAUCGAUUACAACGCGAUGCAAUACAGAAGCCAGUCCGAGGAUGUAGGACUCUAUGGCGGCAACAUGGUGGCAAAUGCUUAUAAAACUAACAAAUCUAGACCAGCUGCAGUUAAAGUAAUGGCAACAACAACAACAUCGACAACAAAAACCGCAACAUCAACAUCAGUAUUUGGCAAACAUGCAAAACCAAUGCCAACAAGAACAACCAGCACAACUGCAACGUGCGGCAUGCCACAUUUGAGAGAACGCUAUUGGCGCAGCAGCUCACUGCCGAAUAUAUGGUUACCGAGUCACGGUUCACCCAGAGCCAAAAAUCCCAUUGCAUUACCAACAGUUAAUGAUGUGAAAAGCAGUUAUGCGCCGAAUUUGACCCACCAAAUGCGGGCCGUCUCGAGCCCUUCCCUCACGGAUGCUCUACAGGAGGAGCUCAACUACGCUUCCGUUGGUCCUGCUGCCGCUCCAUCCGUAUUUAACACGCAUACACAAGAUUCCGGUGCCUCCGGUGAGUCCACACCGACAAUGGUCACGGCAGCAACAAAUAACCAAAGCAACAGCAGCAGUACCAGCAAUAGUAAUAACAACAGCGCCCGACCAUUAGGCAGCCUGCCGAGUAGUCAAAGUGUAGGUGUGUUGCAGAAAUUCAAACGCACGCUCACCAAUUUCAAUAAGCCGGCGCAGCAGCAGCAACAACAACAGCAGCACCAAUCGCAACAUAUAACAAGCAGCAAUAGCACACAAGCGCUUGUCAUGAGCAACUCAACGUCGUCUACAAGCGCCACCAUAACGGGUGGUGGUAGUGUCGGUGGCAUCAAUGCAAUUGCGAGUGAAAAUCAAUCCGAUCAAUCGACGGCGAAUGUCGCGCUCGAGGGUACAGCGGGCAAAUACCGUUUUGGGCCGCUAAUAUGGCGCUCAUCGAAGGAGCGUCGCAAGACGAAGUACAAUCGUCGUGAUAAGUGCAAUAGCGGUGACUCGGGCAUACAAAUCGAGCUGGACAAUGAUGAGCAAUUCUCGCGCAUUAUGCUGCCGGCGAAUUGUAUUGGCGGUGGUGGGGGUGUUGUUGGUGGUGUCAGUGCGGCAACUUCGAGUGCAACGGCCUCGGCGACAUCGGCACAACGCAUUGCAAAUGAGAAGGUCACGCAGAAAAUGCGCACUGUGCGACGCGCCAACUCAGCCAAAGCCACCAGCAUGACAGAUCAGUCGGCAACGGCAGCACUCAAUGCCAAAGCAAAGAUACUCAAACGCAUGGAAAUGUACGGCGGCAGCAUGGAACGCGAGGCGCCCGAAUCGCUACCGGCACGCUCGCUAAGUCAACCCAACGGCUUGGAUACGUGCGGCAUUGGCCGAACAACUGGCGAUAUGGAAGACAGUGAUAGCGACAGCGUAACCUCACAUGAAGAAGCGCCUAACUACUAUCCGAUUUACGCUGAAGUGCUGUACAGCUUCACGGCAGCCGGUCCCCAGGAGCUCGGUCUCGAACGUGGCACACUAAUCGAAGUGCUGCGCAAAGAGGUCGGUCCCUGGUGGUUUGGACGCAUACGCAAAGAUGAUAAUAAUACGCUAGUCGAAGAGAUACUCGACCCCGAACUCGGUUGGUUCCCCAAGGAGUUCGUGCGCGUCAUACAGUGUCCCAAAACGGAUGUGUUCUUCCUUUCGCAAAUGUCGACAAAUGCCCCAACAGCGGUACAACACCAACAAGCGCUAACAACAAAAAGUGGCAGUUUUAGAAAAUUUACAAAAGCAAAUGCAGCAGUCACAACAACAACGCCAGCAGACUCGACCACCACAACAACACCGCAAUCAUCAACAGUCACAAUGACUGCCGUCGCCACGGCUGACUCCACAGUCGACUUGGAUGCGACCAUUGUAGAUGAGAAUAAUGUGACGACCAUUGUGAUUGAAUCGCCCUCGUACGCGAACCUCGCCAAUGCGCCCAGCAAUGACAACAGCAGUCACGCGCCACUCAGCGUUAGCGGGGGUAGUGGCGUCGCAGCAGACUCUUCAAAUCCCUCAAAUGCGUUGGCUCCAUCGCGCAGCAUUAAUGUGAUACUCGACAGCGCCGAUAUGCUGCGUCGCAGCGCGGUCAAAGAGUUGCUCGACACCGAGGUUAACUAUGUCAAGCUGUUGGCCGCCAUUUGUGAGGGGUAUUUGCCGGCAAUGAGCAAGCGUAUCGACAUAUUUUCGCCGAACAGCAUUCGUUUGAUUUUCUCAAACAUCACGGCGAUCUACAAGUUUCAGCGUAAAUUUCUCGAGGCCUUGAGAAAGGGCAUCGAACAGAAUCAAGUGGCUAAAGUUUUCUUGAAAAUGCACAAGAGUUUUCUCUGCUACUCGACCUAUUGCAAUGCAUACCCACGUGCACUGAUAGAAUUGGAGACUUACGAUCGCAUCAAGGAUGCUAGAACUAUUUUAGACAAUUGCCGCGAAUCGGAGAACCUUGCUGAGCUCCCACUCUCCGCACAUCUCUUGGCACCCGUACAGCGUAUCUGUCGCUAUCCGCUACAUCUCAGUGAAAUACUCAAGGGCGCAACCAAAUGUGGCGAAAUGUCUGAUCACGAACUGGGCGAGUACGAGCAAAUAGAUGUCAGUCAAUUGGAUAUACCCGAUACAUAUGAGAAAAUCGAUCUAGCAUUGGAGGCAAUGCGCGGCAUAACAGAGGCGGUGAAUGAAGGCAAACGACAUAGCGAAACAAUUGCGCGCCACCAGGCCAGUUUCCAGAACUUCAAGGGCCCACCACUGCACUUGCACAGCACACGCUUCUUUCUGCAAAUCGACGCCACGCGUCAAAAGCAAAAUCUCUGGAACAGCAGCUGCACGCUCUUCCUCUUCGACAACCAGCUGAUCUACUGCAAACGUGACAUCAUCAAACGCAGUCACUUCAUUUACAAGGGACGCAUCUUUCUCGACCGCUGUCGCGUAGUAAACGUGCGUGACGGCAAAAUGUUCGGCCACAAUAUACGCAACUCGCUGCGCAUCUACUGUGAGGCGCGUGACAAGUGGUUCGAUUUCAGCUUCCGCUCGGCUAAUCGCAAGCAUCGCUUCCUCAGCACGUUGGCAUUGGAGCGGCAAUUUGGCGGCAAGGCUUUCUAUGUCUCCGAAAUGACCGGUUUCGAGUACGCCUACGAUGAGCGCGACUACUCGGAUCAAUCCGACUACGAGUUGCCCGAAUGCGAAAACAGUAACAGCAGCGGUGGUGGCAAUAGCGCUGCUGCCGGAGUAGGAGCUAACGCUGGUUUGUCUGGCGCAACGCGUCACUGGUCAAUGGCGGAUGUGAGCACGGCUAAUGCAGGCGGCGCUUCGGCAACCAGCGGUGAUAGUUCGGUACCGGAAUCGCCGGUCAAACACAAGUAUAGCGACACUUUGCCAAAGAAAUCGCAAACACGUGACGCCUUUGGCGGCAGCGGCACCGUCAACGAAAGUCAGACGGGCUCACUGGGACGCCGACGUUUGGGUAAUUGGUUCCGCAAGCCGAAGAGCAGUAAUUCAACGCCGAAUCACUCGCCCACGCACAAGGCCAGCGAGCUGACGGCGGGUCUAGUGGGUGGCAGUGAGAAUAAUAUAUCGAUUAAUUUGGGUAGCGGUAAUUAUAUAUCGUCGGGCUCGUCGGCGUGAAUGCUCGGCUGUGAGUCAACAACACUUUUGUAGCAUUAAAAAGAAAAAAUUUAAAUGAAUCUCUCAUGAAAUACUUAAGCACUCGUGUCACAGCGUAACACGAAGCGCACAUUUUACGACACACAUUCAUGCAUAUUAUUGUUAUAUAACAAGAAAUGCAAAUAUUAAACGGUAUUGCAAGCAUAACUUGCGUACACACUGUGCAACUAUGUAUUUGCUCUGUAAAAGUCAAUUAUGUAUGCAAAUACAGGUGAUUGCUUUUGUUAUUGUUUAAAUAUUUUAUAAAAAAAAAUUAAAAAACAAAUACUGCUAAAAACGAAGUGAUUUUAUUACAAGACACAAGCAGCGCGAAAUUUCAACAAAAGUGUGGUGGUGAUUUUCGAAAAUAUUACAAUAAAAAAUUAAAAAAAAAAAUUAAUAUUGAAAAAUUAUAUGACAUCAAUGCAACAAAUAGUCAGUUCAUGUAAUAGUCAUUGCAAAAAACUUAAAACAAUAUAUUAAAAUUGUUUGUGUAUAGGUUUCGUUGUGUAGUGGUCACAUGCGUAUGGACGUAUACUGUAUAAGUGAAAAUUCUUAAAUAUUGUGCUGAAUACUUCAAAGCAUUGGUAGAGUAAAUUUUACAAAUUUUCUAAAUGUACAACACUUUUAUGCCAAACUGUACUCUACUACCCCACGUUUUUCUAUAUAAAAUUUAAAUUUGAAAAAAAAAAAUUAGCGAAAAUUAAUGACAUUGAAAAAUGAGUGUUAACAUGAAAAAGCAAUUGUUUAGCGUGAAUAUAAAAAACGUUUAUUGUUUAAAUAGAAGUAGAAAUGUAAGUGCACACACACAUACAUAUAUUUAGUAUAUACAUAGAUAUAUAUACAAAUAUGCAAUAAAGCAGUGCACACAUACACAUGCCAAACAAGAAAACCAUAGUUACAGUUAUGCAUUAUGAAAAAUUAUUGCAGAAAAAUAUUAAAAUAAAAAUUAAAAAAAUAUGAAAAUAAAAAUAAAAAUAAAAACAACAACUCAACAACAGUUACAACGCCGAUGCGAACUGUCUUUAAAUUUGUUUAAAAUUAAAAUUCGUUAUUAAAAAUGUUUAAUUAAAGGAAAAAAUAAUAAAAAAAUAAAAAUGCUCUGCGUUUAAAGCCAAACAUUAUUUUAUGAGAAUAUUUUAUAAAUAAAUUUAUAUUUUAUAAAACAAAAAAUGCAAAUGUUUUAUAAAAUAUUGUAAAUACAAGAAAUCAAAGCUGUUUACAUAGAAGAAAGCGUUGUUUGUAUAUUAACUUAAGUGUAAGUUAUGCAUACGUAUACACAUACAAAUGUAAUAGUUAUUGUUAAAACAAAAAUUAUUAAAAUUAAAAAAAAAUAAAAUAAAAAUAAAAAAUUAAGAAUUAGAAAUUAAAAAUUAAAAUAAAAAAUAAUACAAAAACUAAAAUUAAAAUAAAAAUAAAUUCUAAAAUUCAAAAAUUAAAAAAUAUUAACUAUAAAAAAAAAUAAAAAAUUAAAAAAGAAGCAAAUAAUUGAAAAAUAAAAUAUUAAAAAUAAGAAAUUUAAAUAAAAAAAAAUAAUAAUUAAAAAAUAAAAAUAUAAAAUAUUAAAAAUUAGUAACUUAAAAUGAAAAAAAUUAAUAAUUAAAAAAUAAAAAUUAUAAUUAAAAAAUAAAAAACUAAAAAACAAAAAUUAAUAAUUAUACCAACUAUACUCGAACCAAUUUCGAAAACUAGAAAGUCUGUAACUCUAAGAAUAACAAACAACCAAUUAAUACACAUUAUUAUUAUUUAUUUAUUAUUUUAUGUAAAAUUAAUUAUUUAACAAUUUGCUGUUGUAUUUGUAUUAAUUUUUAAGUUUUUGCUUAAGUUAAGUUGCUUAUUAAUAAAAAUUAAAAAUCAUAUACUCAUACAAUAAAAAAAGACUUUUAUUUGUGCAAAAAAGAAAAAGAAAUUAAUUUAAUUAUGGGAAAAAAUUAUUUUUUAAUAAAUUAGCUUUUCAAGCAUAUUUUCCAAAUUACAAACGGUCUAAAACAGUACUACUAUAGCCACUAGUGAACUUGAUGAGGGCAGAAUUGAAGUCUAGCUAUUAGCAAACAGCACAAACAGCAGCAAUAUACAUACAAACAAAUAGCAAA